AUGAAUGAUCAAUUGUGGAGGGAUCAGAUGAAGAACAAGCAGAUGCUCAAAGGAAUGAUUGGCGGCAGCUCCAGUUCUGGAAACUGGGGACCCAAUGGUUGUUACCAAGGAGGAGGCGCUUCAGAGAGGAAGGCCGAGAUGGUGGAGGUAAAGGAAGACAGCACAGGCACGGUUUAUGGACAACCCAGAAUGCUAAUAGAAGUGGACAAAGCAAAGUAUCGAGCAGAAGGCCGAUGCUUCAAGUGUGGAGAAAAAGGGCAUAGGGCCCAAGACCACAAAGAAGGGGGCAGCACGGCUGUGAAACCAAAAUUUAACCUCAAAGCUAUGCUUGAAGGGAUGUUGAAGGAAGAGCGGGACGAAUUGCUCAAGGGUUUUUGA